AUGCCCCCCCUGCGGUUUGAGACUCUCCAAGAGUUUGCGAAGAGAGGUCCGGGCGGGGGAGAUUUGCUAAGCGAAAAUGAGAAACGUCCCUUUGUGGAAGAAGCUGAGCGGCUCAGGGUCCAGCACAAAAAGGAUCACCCGGAUUAUAAAUACCAGCCACGGAGGAGGAAAAGCGUAAAAGCCGGGCAGAGCGAUUCUGACUCCGGAGCUGAGCUCAGCCACCAUGCGGGCACACAGAUCUACAAAGCGGACAGCGGCCUGGGAGGCAUGGCCGAUUCCCACCACCACGGCGAUCACACAGGCCAGACCCAUGGGCCACCCACCCCACCCACCACCCCCAAAACCGACCUCCACCACGGCAGCAAGCAGGAGCUGAAGCACGAGGGCCGCCGCCUCGUGGAGAGCGGCCGCCAGAACAUCGACUUCAGCAACGUGGACAUCUCGGAGCUGAGUAGCGAGGUCAUCAACAACAUGGAGACCUUUGAUGUGCACGAGUUCGACCAGUACCUGCCGCUCAAUGGCCACGCUGCCAUGCCGGCCGACCACGGCCCCAAUGCUGCUGCCAGCUCCUAUGGUGCGUCCUACUCCCACUCGGCCACAGGCACCGGCGGGACCAACCAGGUCUGGACUCACAAAAGCCCGGCCUCAGCGUCACCGUCAUCCGCUGACUCGGGCCAGCAAAGGCCGCACAUCAAAACGGAGCAGCUGAGCCCCAGCCACUACAGUGACCAGUCUCAUGGCUCUCCUGCGCAUUCCGACUACGGCUCUUACAGCGCCCAGGCUUGUGCCACCACUGCCUCCACUGCCACGGCUGCUGCCUCCUUCUCCAGCUCCCAGUGUGACUACACGGACCUCCAGAGCUCCAACUACUACAACCCCUACCCUGGCUACCCCUCCAGCAUUUACCAGUACCCCUACUUCCACUCCUCCCGCCGUCCCUACGCGACACCCAUCCUCAAUGGCUUGUCCAUCCCGCCAGCCCACAGCCCCACCGCUAACUGGGACCAGCCGGUCUAUACGACCCUGACGAGGCCUUAA